AUGGCUCGGACCAAGCGAGGAAGGAAAACACAUAAGAAAAUCACGCAAGUUACUACUGAGGUGGUGGAAGAUCAGCCGGAGUUAGGAGACGAUGGACCUGUGGAAAACCAGCCGGAGUUAGGAGAUGAUGGACCUAUGGAGGAGCAGACGGAAGUAGGAGGUGAUGGACCUUUGGCAGAUGAACUUGAUCGUGAAGAGGAGGAAGAACAUGAAGGUGAAAUUGUGUUAUCAGAACAUGAUGACUCUGCAGCUGAACCUAGACGUAAGAGACAGCGAGGUCCGACUAUGAUGAAAAACAUAGCCAAGGAUCCAAACAACAAAUUGCGAGUAGAGUAUACUUUCACAGCAAGAUUUGAACUAGAUGAAGAUUAUCAACGGAAAUCGGUGCUGAAGCAGUUGGGAUGUCUGUGGAGGUCAUCAAAAUCACGCCUUGUUACUCAAAUCCUUGAAGCGACGAAUAAUCAACAGAGGAUGAAUCUAAGACCAAAGAAUGUUUCUCCAAUGGAUUGGCGCAAGUUUGUCAAGCUCAAAACCAGUCAAGAAUUCAAGGCUGUUAGUGAUAGCUACAAGGAAAGAAGGCGUAAACAGAUUCCUCACACUUGUAGUCGCAAGGGAAUGGUUAGACUUGCAGAGGAAAUGAAAUCUGUUAGUGGAAACCCCGAUGAAGUGACUCGCUUGAAGGUGUGGGUGAAGUCGCGUACCAGAAAAGAUGGAACACCGGUGAACACAAAUGCUGCUGACAAGAUGUCAAUACUUACCCAACUGUUAGGACCUGAUAAUCCUGGCAGAAUGAGGGUCUUGGGUAGGAACAUGACUAAGACGAAAUUAGCUGCUUUCGAAGUUAAACACAAGUGUAUGACUGAGAUGCAAGAGAAACAGUUUCAUCUCCUGCAGAAAGUGAAUGAGUUGCAAGAUGAAAUUACAAAUCUGAAAAAACAGCGACAAGAACCAGAAGUUGGUGAAAAUUCGGCUGCAAAAAGUGUCAACAAAAGAUUACAACCCAAGUGUGUUCUGGUUGACUGGGCUGGAACAAAUGAAAACGUUGCUGAGGGAAGAAUUAUUUCUUCUGAACCAGAUGACUUGGUGAAUGACACUCGUUUAGGCCCCACGGAUGUGAAAGUACUUGUUGAUUCCGCAACUGUUCCAGAUGCAUUUCUUUGGAGACCGGCAACAUGGCAUGCCUGCAAAGUUGUCUUCGAGAACAGAGGAGAGGUUGGAACAGGGCAUAAAUUUCCGUUUGACAACUCUGUUUCAACUGAUCAAGCUUUGGGAGGUAAAUCAGUGGGCACUGGUUCACGUUCUGUGGAGAAGUCAUUUAGAUUUGAUGCAACUGGUUCAAAGUCAGCGGCCAGAGUUUCAAAAUCAGCUAGUCAGAAGUCUCCAGAAACAAAUCCGGGAGCAGAGGUUAUCAAAGAAAAUCAGAAGUGCAAGCUGAUGGAUAUUGGUGGAAGGAAGCUGGUUGUUGCUGAAGGUCGUGUGCAUUCGAUCAAUCCAUAUCAAAUGGUACACUUUGUUAGAUUGGGGUCUGAUGCAGCAAGAGUUUGA